AUGAAGUGUUGCUUCGCAGGCAUAUAUAGAGGGAGCAUUCCUCUUGUAACUCACUCAACAGAAGACGGAAUGUGGGAUAGAAUAUUCCUCAAUAUGUGUGAAAACGGAAAAGUUAAGCAGGGCAUUCAAUUAUUGAAUACAAAUGGAUAUUUGAUGGGAAUAUUACGAGAUGUUGAUGAUUUGUCAUUCAUGAUUGUUACAAAAGAUAUUGAUGACAAAACAGCUGAAGACCAUCUUCAGCGUCUAAAAAGCGAAUUUAUUAGAGCAAAUUUAAACUGGCGUACUGCAGAACAACUCUCAUUGAUGAGUGUUUACGAAGGCAAGCUAACAGACUUUAUGACUCGCGUCACAAGACAAGCAAAAGUAAGUAAGAUUGAAACAAACGUUUCCGGCACAAUGGAUGAGAUGAAAGAGCAGUAUUACGAACUGUUCCAGCGCCAGUGCAAUCUUGAGCAUAUAAACCAAUUGGCUGAAGAAUUAGAUAGCCAUUCUGGUCUCUACGAAAAUAAUGCAGUUAAACUCAAACGUAAAUUGUGCUGGGAAAGAUAUCGCUGGUACGUAAUUGGUGGAAGUAUUACUCUUAUCGUAUUUUUGAUAAUUAUUAUUGUUUCAUGCGGCGGAUUUAACUUACAACCACGCUGCAUUAAACCAGCGGCUACACCAGCACCAACUACUCCUCCAGUUGAUCCUGCAUAA